AUGAGUAUGAGAAGUGGCUGGCAGGUCAUUGACAACAAGGUACCUCCGGAUACCUCUAACGAUGUGGAGCAGUUGGCACAAAGGGCGAGUAUGGCUAAUGGUGGGAACCAGAGUGACAUCAAACAGGUAGCAAAUAACCCCAGAAGUCAUAAGGGGUCCAGGAACCUGCAGAACUCACCCACAGACCUGUGCACCAAGAAUGGACAAAGUGUCCCAACCUUCAUCCAGAAAGGCCAUUCCAACAGUGGGAUGAUGAGUGUCCAAAGAGAAAGCCCCAGGAACACAUCCAAUGGGGUGGGAAAGAGUCAUUGUGCAGGUGGGAUUUGGGAUGACGGUCAUAAAGCAGGACUCAGAAGACCCAGAAAUUCCCCAUUUCCCAAAGUGGUCGAUCUCGGCGCAUGGACGUUUGCCCUUCCGGCCUUGGCGGCAGGUCUGUGCUUUGCCGGAUCUCUUUUUGGGGAGUUUGUCCACGACGACAUCUGGGCCAUCCUCAAUAACCCGGACAGCCGAGCGGAGACCAACCUCAGCAGGGUCUUCAGGAAUGACUUUUGGGGCAAAGCCAUGAAUGACAACACGAGUCACAAGUCAUAUCGCCCGCUGUGCGUGCUGAGCUUCAGGAUGAAUGUGUAUUGGUGGGGUCUGGAUCCCUUUUAUUUCCACAUGGUGAAUGUCGUGUUACACUGCCUGGUCAGCUCAUUGCUCUGUUACGUAUGCAGUAGGACCGUAUUUGAGGGCCGCAGACCGGCAUUGGGCACCGCACUCCUUUUUGCUGUGCACCCAGUUCACACCGAAGCUGUAGCGGGCAUUGUGGGCAGAGCGGAUGUCUUGGCUUGUUUGCUGUUUCUCUUGGCGUUCCUUUCAUAUGUAAGGAGUGUUGAGACGGAUCCGGCCACAGAUCAUUUUCCUGGUACGAGGUCGCCUCUCCUCCUGCUUCUCAGUCUGCUCCUGGGUACCUGUGCCAUGCUGGUGAAAGAGACAGGAAUCACAGUGUUCGGCGUCUGCCUGGUGUACGACCUCCAGAUCCUGUGCCUGCGAAGGCUGAAAAGGUUGCAGUCUCUGGAGCGCCAUAUAAAGGAUCUGUGGGCUGUGGCUGUUCCCUUCCUGAGGAGAGCAGCGCUGGUUUCCUGCCAUGUGAUGGUGGUGUUGGCUUUCCGCGUUCAUAUCAUGGGAGGCUCUAUGCCAUUGUUCUCAGAGCAAGACAAUCCGGCUUCCUUCUCUCCUUACAUCCUCACCAGGUUCCUGACCUUCUCCUACCUCCUGGCAUUCAAUGCCUGCCUGCUUCUGGCCCCCAUCACCCUGUGCUAUGACUGGCAGGUGGGCAGUAUACCCCUUGUCCAUUCCCUCUGGGACAGACGAAACUUGGAGACACUCGUCCUGUUGGUGGUACUCCUAUCCCUGGGCCUGCACUGCCUGGCAGCAAGAAAGAGGACUGGACAUCGGGAGGUUUUGGUGGGUCUUCUCUUCCUGGUGUUCCCCUUCAUACCAGCCAGCAAUGUCUUCUUCAGAGUGGGCUUCGUGGUGGCGGAGCGAGUUCUCUACAUGCCCAGUAUGGGUUUCUGCAUCCUAUGUGUCUACGGAAUGAAGGUCCUUCACACACGAAGCGGCCCACGCCGAUCUUCUGUUCUCAUCCUCAGCUUCUUUCUUCUGCUGCUUCUUUUCUCCUGGAAAUCUGUGUCACAGAGCGAGUGCUGGCGUUCACGGGAGUCCCUGUUCAGGUCCGGUGUGCAGACCCUUCCACACAAUGCCAAAGUGCACUAUAACUACGCCAACUUCUUUAAGGACCAGAACCGAAAACAGGAGGCCAUAGACCACUACAGGACUGUCCUGAGGUUAUAUCCACAACACUCCAGCGCCCUCAACAACCUUGGAACAUUGACCACCAAUUCCACUGCAGCCGAGGAAUAUUACCGCAAGGCCCUGGCAAUCAGCCCGCAACACAGCCGGGCACUGUUCAAUCUCGGCAACCUGCUUCGGACGCAGGGACGGAACGAGGAGGCAGAGCUCCGCCUGAAGGAAUCCCUCCUCUAUGGUCCUUAUUUUGCAGAUACCUACUCCAGCCUGGGGUCACUGAUGGCUGAUCAGAAACGUCAGCAAGAAGCAGAAGAAGUCUAUGUGACAGGAAUCAAGAAUUGUCCAGACAGCUCGGACUUGCAGAACAAUUAUGGAGUGUUCCUGGUGGACUUUGGAGCUCCGCAGAAAGCUGUGUCUCACUAUCUCCUAGCACUUCAGCUUCGUCCAAAUCACCACGUGGCCAUGCUGAACCUCGGACGCCUUUACCGCUCACUGAACCAAAAUAGUGAGGCUGAGAAGUGGUACAAGAUGGCUUACCAGAUAUCUCGGGACAUCGAUGUCAUCACCCCUCUUGGAGCCCUGUAUUAUAACACAGGGAAAUAUGACGAGGCUUUACGUCUGUAUAAAGAGGCAGCGGAACUUCACCCAGAGAGUGUCCAGAUACGCCUGUCACUGGCACAAAUCCAGGCAGUGGUGAGUCAGUCGAAUGAGGCAGAGACUCUAGCUCUUCACAUAGCAGCAGAUUCCCCUGACUGUAUAGAAUGUUACCGUCUCCUGUCCGCCAUCUACAGCAAGCAGGAGAAAUACACCAAGGCUCUAGAAAUGAUCGAUGUCGCUCUGCAGAUGAAACCAAAAGACCCCAAAAUAAUAUCUGAUCUUUAUUUCACGAAAGGGAACCAACUGAGAGAGCUCAACCAGCUGGACAAAGCCUUUCAGAGUUACAGCCUUGUAGCUGACCUGAGUCCCAAGCAGGCCCAGGCCUGGAUGAACAUGGGAGGCAUCAAACACAUUCAGGGGGACUACAUUGCCGCUCGAGCCUAUUAUGAGAAAGCCUCAGAUUUGGAACCUGACAGCAAAUUGCUUAAAGAGAAUUUUGCAAAACUGGAGCGCUUAGAAAGCAAAAUCCACAGAAUAAAGACACAAGGUUCUGGUGGACAACAAGUAAUCAGAGAGAGCACUGAGAGAGAAGAGAAGACAUUCAGCAAAGCGGAGGGCAGGACGUCUGAAAGCGUCAUUCAAGAAAAAGAAUAUAGCGGGACAGGACCACAGAGGAUAAAACAAAGGAGAACCGGACAGGUUUGA